AUGACAAAUACAGAACUUCUAUAUAAAUUCCGUUUUGAACAUUCUGGUCAAAGUAUUCAUCUUACUCAAAAACAACUGGAUCAUAUUCCUUACUUGUCUACUCUCGUGGCAAAUCAAAAUGAUGAAUAUGUAUUAAAAUCUCCUAUCGAUUAUACGUCUUUCGUAGUUAUUCUUCGUUCAGUUACUUCUAAUCAACCCUAUAUACUAUUUAAUGAAUUACACGAAGAUGAAAAUAUAUUGAAUACAUUGGACUUAGUCAAUUAUCUUAAUAUAAAUUUAUUUUCUAUACCGCCAUUGCACGCAGAACCUUCGAUUCGAUCAAAAGAUUUCACAUAUCAACCAGUAAAGAAUAUCUUCGAAGCGCGUAACAUUGCUGCUGAAUUUAUUGUAGCUCUUCGUAAGAAGCAAUAUGAUUUCGAUGCUUUUGACACAAAGAAACAAGUCUUCUCUUUACUUAUGGCCAUUUUCUCAAAUCUGGAAGUGUUCAGUUCACGAUUUCGUUAUCACACGCUCAUAGUCGUGAAAGAAUGUUGUCUACGUUUAUUUUCUGAAAAACAACAACUUAAAUUUCCUAAUUUGGAACAAAUAGCUGGAAAUAAAGCUAUCGACUCUUGGAUUUAUCUACACGAUGACGAGCAACCUGUUCCUAAAAACUUGGAAAAUCUCUUUACUAGUAGGCAAUGUGCUAGAUCUGUACAUGAGAAAGAUACGGAUCGUUUCAAACUCUCGACAAGCUCUACCAUCGAUAUCAGGCAUCCACGAAAAUCCAAUGGUACCUGGGAUCAUAGUCCCUUUAGGAAUUUCGUUAGCCUACAUUUCAUAAUAAAGUGCCAUUAUAUUUUACGUUUGUCGAAAAUUAAUUAUAAUCACGACAAUGACACCACAUAUCUAAAUGAAGCGCAAUCAGCUCGAUCAGGAUGGUUCAAUACCUUGCCAAAAAGACCCACAACCGACAAAUUCAAGAAUCGGUUUCGUUCGAAAGAUAUAAAAAAUCGAUAG